AUGCAGUACGACGCAAAGCAGCGCGGCUAUUCAACGGCCGACAAGACGUCAUUUGCGUGGCAGACCGCUCGGGUCCGUUGGCCAGUGAUCAUCACCCAGGCCAUCGACGAUGUGUAUCGGUCUGUGCACCUGAGCAGCGACCCGGCCAAGGCGGAUGAGGGCAAGAAGAUUGUCGAGGAGCUUGCACAGCUGAAAUACGAGGUGCAGCAUGACCGACCACUAGUGCCGAUUUGCGAUGACGGAGAAUCAGAUGUGGCCGGCUACAACGCAGAGCUCGAGCAGCUCGGCCAGCCAUCGUGGCUCAGCCUGCCAUGGCUCUAUGCCGAGUGCUAUCUGUUUCGGCGCAUGAGCACCUCUUUCCGGCUGUCGACGCACUGGAGGGGCUACGAUGUAUUUGCGCGCCAGAAGAUCCGCACCUUUCGCUCGUCGAGGCCGGCAGUUCUGGAGCUUGCAGGCCGUUACGCGCAGCUGACACGACAGAUGGACAGCAAUAGCAGCAGCAGCAGCAGCAGCGACAACGCAGCCGAGGAAGCGCUCUUUGAAGAGAUGUGCGAGAUCUGCCUCUGGGGCAAUGCCACGGACCUCUCGCUGCUGACCAAUCUGACGUACGACGACAUCCAAAAGCUGCAGGGCUCUGAGGCCCGGCGCAAGGCCGAGGCCAACAUCCUAGUCAACGACCUGCCCAAGGUAUAUGCGGCCCUCAAGGCUGCCCGUGCCGCCAAGCCCAAGUCCGAGCGCCGCGUCGACAUUGUGCUCGACAACGCCGGCUUCGAGCUCUACGUCGACCUCAUCCUGGCCGGUUUCCUGCUGCGCGCCGGCCUGGCCACCGUCGUCGUGCUGCAUCCCAAGAACAUCCCCUGGUUUGUGUCGGACGUGCUGCCCAGCGACUUUGGCGCCCUGCUCAACGCUCUGGCCAACCCCAAGCCUUUCUUCGAGACGCCUUCCGACGAGGAGAUUCACCAGGAUCUGCCGGCCCCAGCCAAGCUGACCGACGCUGAGCUCCAGGACCUCGCCUUCCUCUUCCAGGAAUGGAGCAUGAUGUACGCCGAAGGCCAGGUCGUCCUGCGGCCCAACGUGUUCUGGACACUUCCUGGAAGCUAUUGGCGCCUGCCACACGACGCCCCAUCCUUGAUGACCGACCUGCAGUCGAGUGAGCUUGUCAUCUUCAAGGGCGACCUGAACUACCGGAAGCUCACUGCUGAUGCCGAAUGGGACCCGACAACACCAUUCACCGAAGCGAUCGGUCCUCUGGGUCCCGGGUCCGGAGUUAACGUGCUCGCGCUGCGGACUUGCAAAGCCGAUGUCGUGGUAGGCCUACCGGCAGGCAAGGACGAGGAGCUAAGGUUGGCCGAAGGUGGUGGCGGCGCAUCUGGGGCACGCGAGUGGGCCUGGAAUGGCAAGUGGGCAGUGGUGUCGUUUUCAGAGGGAAAGCAGUAG